UUGAGUCCUUCUGGUUUAGAUGGUGACGCAUUCAAACGAUCUAACACCCAUCUGAAUGAAACUGACGAGAAAGAGCUCAUCGAAAAGAUCGACUAUGUUCCUGAAAUCAUAGAAGAGGACAAGGCUAUGUGUUCAAAUAUGCUUCUUAUUCCACCGCUUCUUUUCGUAGUGUUUGCUGUACAGAUACUUUAUAACUUAACUGAUUGGUGGUUGAACAGAUGGACAAAUGCUUCUGAACGCGCAGAGGCAGCUAGGCUAAGCAACAGUACCAUCGCUGAAGAUCACUAUUCAUUUUUCGGUCUAGAAUUCAAUGUAAGCCUCCCAGACUACAUGUACUUUCCACGUGCCCUAACCCUUGCCUCUUGUCGUGGAAUCGGUUUUGCUGAAGCGUAA